AUGCCGCCGUACUAUGCGCCCUGCCUUGCGAAGGUCAAACCCAAUCUGGAGUACGGAGAAGAAAUCGUUUACCCGGAUUUUGAGGCCGCCAUGCCGGGCUUCUUCAACGCCGAUGACGCCCAGCAAUGGCUCGACACCAACUACGGUCCCGGCAGCCAGGGCCAGACUGGGGCCAACAAGCGGGUCAUAGUGGACCGGCGACAGGGGCGACUGGUGUUCUCGGGACUUAGAGGACAGAACCUGGUGUUCAAGGACGUGGCUUACACGGACGGCGGAUUGCCCACCACCUGGCUAUCCGACUCGAGCCACUGUCUGGGGCACAUGUCAACCACGGAGACGUUCGAACAAGUGGUAAGGCCGCCACUGCAGUCGCCGCCGCAGCAGGAGGAAGGGCACCAGCGGGGGCGGGGCCGGGGGCGGAGGCAGCAGCGGGGCCGGCAAGGGAGUGCAGCCGGGAUGGGGGUGAGAGGUCUCGCGGAUGCGGGGUUGCAGGUCGUGGAGGAGGCCGCAGUGUACGUCACGCCGGACAGUUCCAGCCUGGAAUCGAAACAAGAUAUCGUACAAAUCAUGUGGAGUUGGCUACCGCACAUCAAGAGGAAGCAAUUUAUGACCCCUACUUACGAACUUAUGCAUGUACGGCGGCUGUUGGUGUCGUGCCGAGUGCCGUACGUGCAUCCGUACCUCUUCUUCCGAUUACAGGAAAUGGUGAUGGGUCCCGAUGCCCCUCGGGUGCCGCUGUCGGAGCGGAAGGUGGUGGUCUGGUACAGCAGGUCCAGUAACGAUCUCAGUCGUCAGAACAGCGGCCGCGAGAUCGUGAACGAGAAGGAGGUGAUGGACGCCAUCGAGGAGCUGCUGAAGAGCCGGGGCCGGGGGGAGAGGCUGGAGCUCAACCACCCCCACAUUCACACGUACAUCCCAACAUACAUAAAGUUUUACAUAAAAUUUUACAUACAUACAUACCGUUGCCCCCGGGAGAUCCCGGGAUCGAGACUUGUGCACCCCCCUGUCGCGUCGUCCAUGGACCCCCUCGACUACAUCCUCUACCUCAACCGCAACGCCGCAGCCUUCCUGGGCCCACACGGAGGCGGUCUGUGCAACUUCAAAUGGCUAGCUACCAACACGCUGGUUCUGGAGCUGAUGCCGCGAGAUUGGAUCAACACCCCGCUGUACGAGGAGGCCAUCGGACAUGGGCUCAACUACUGGGUUGAUUUGCUGGAGCCUCGUGGCCACAAUCACAACAUGGCGGCCAACGUCAGCAACAUCAUUUCACUGCUGAGCGAAGAACUGGGAAAGGAACCGGUCCGCGGCCCCAUUAUCCGCUACCGCUACGACUGGCCCGCGGUUCUGGAUGACACGCGUGUGGAGUCGUCAAGGACCUCGGCGGCGGCGGCGGCGGCGGCGGAGGAGGGGAAGCAGGAGAAGGAAAAGGAAAAGGAGGAGGGGAAGCAGGAGAAGGAAAAGGAAAAGGAGGGGAAGGAGAAGGGGAAGGAAAAGGAGGAGGGGAAGGAAAAGGAGGAGGGGAAGUGAGGUAUCAACGGGGCCCUGGCAACGAGUGCAGAACUGCAGUCGAACAGCUGUAGAUAGGUUUCCACACGUCCGUAUCGGUUUGAGGAGAGGAAAGUGGUGUUGAAGCGGCGGCGGCGGCGGUGUGGCGACAGUGCUGGCUAGUUGGUUGGCAAGGAAAGCAGGGAUGGGCGGGGCGGUUCCUGGAAGGAAGGGGGGAUAGAACCGGCGACUAUGGGCGACAGUCUAUGGGUGACAGUAGUACGGGAGAGCUAUGCAAAACCAAGCCUAGGGUGGAAGCGGUGGUGUUGAUGGAAUGAAUAAUGGUAGGGAGGAAGACGCGUCUUUGCGUUUAGACGUUUCACGGAGGACCAAUCGGCGCUUUUUUAAAGGGUUUGGUGGUUUAUCAGUCUGUUUGUCAUUCAUCCAUUCGUUUAACAUCCGUACAAUUAAUGAUUGUGAGUGAUAUAUAAUUACAUGAAUAAAGGCUGGUAUUUUGUCCUUUGUCGGCAAAGUUGGCAAAAUGAUUUUGGUAUACUUUGCAGGCAGCCACCAUAAGAAAGGUAAUAUGGGUAUGAUCG